AUGCCCAACAUCAUGCUCUUCAGUGGCAGCUCACACCAGGACCUGUCCCAGUGCAUGGCCGACCGGCUGGGCCUGGAGCUGGGCAAGGUGGUCACCAGGAAGUUCAGCAACCAGGAGACCAGCGUCGAGAUUGGUGAAAGUGUGAGGGGAGAUGUGUACAUCAUCCAGAGUGGCUGCGGAGAAAUCCACGACAACCUGAUGGAACUCCUCAUCAUGAUCAAUGCCUGCAAGAUCGCGUCAUCCUCCAGGGUGACCGCUGUGAUCCCGUGCUUCCCCUACACCCACCAAGACAAAAAGGACAAGAGUCAUGCUCUGAUUUCGGCAAAACUCGUGGCCAAUAUGCUCUCGGUCGCUGGGGCGGAUCACAUCAUCACCAUGGACCUGCAUGCCUCUCAAAUCCAGGGGUUCUUUGAUAUUCCCGUGGAUAACUUGUACGCGGAGCCCGUGGUCCUGCGAUGGAUUCAGGAGAACAUCACCGAGUGGAGAAACUGCAUCAUUGUUUCACCUGACGCCAGGGGCGCCAAAAGGGUCACGUCAAUCGCAGACAGGUUGAAUGUGGAAUUUGCUUUGAUUCACAAGAAGAGGAAGAAGGCAAAUGAAGUGGACCAGAUGGUGCUGGUGGGCGACGUGAAGGACCGCGUGGCCAUCCUUGUGGAUGACAUGGCCAACACAUGUGGCACCAUCUGCCAUGCUGCGGACAAGCUACUCUUGGCUGGAGCCACCAAAGUUUAUGCUAUCCUUACCCAUAGGAUCUUCUCUGGUCCAGCUAUUUCCAGAAUAAAUAAUGCCACCUUUGAGGCUGUUGUUGUGACAAACACUAUUCCCCAAGAGGACAAAAUGAAACACUGCUCCAAGAUUCAGUUUACUGACAUUUCAAUGAUCUUGGCCGAGGUGAUUCGAAGGACCUACAACAGUGAAUCUGUGUCUUACCUGUUCAGCCACAUCCCACUGUAAAUCCAGGAUGUGAGGUGUGGAAGCAAACCUGCUCUGGCUUAACUUGCGUGCAUUUGUCUGAUUUAUUAGCUUUAGGACUAAGCAGUUAUAUUAAUGCAAAAGCAUCAGAUCUUUGUAUACUACGAGAUCCACUGGUUUUCCCCCCUUAAAGCUCUCGACCAUUUAUUUUCAGUUUGGUGUGGAGGGCAGUGGUUAUUUGAUCUUUAAGUGAACAGUCUUAAAUGAGAAAUGUUUUUGUUAUCAUGAUUUGUUCUGAUAGGUGACCUUUUUUUCCUUUGUUCUGUCAGUGCUUUGAGGCCACAACUUUCAAGUUUAUAAUUCCAUUGUGGAAGUUCAUAGUUUAUGUAUUUCAGGGUUACUAAAAGUCAGCUCAGAUUAAAGCCUCUGUGUAAAUAUAAAAUGAUAAUGCCUAUGGACAUUUGGGUGAAACCCUAUAGUGAAUUAGCCUUUUGCUUCUAAGUGAACCUUAGAGAAUUUAUAAUACCCUGAAUUUUGAGUAUUUGUUUUAGUGAUCAGGUUUCCAAUAAACCAUUUUGGUUAUUAU